AUGUCUGACUUCUUGAAACCGGCCCCCGAGCCUCGAACCGAACUUGGCCGCUACCGAGUGCUCUCGUCAACGGCCGGGAUCCGCGUGUCGCCUCUCCAGCUCGGUGCCAUGUCCAUUGGGGAUGCCUGGUCCGGUAUGAUGGGGUCAAUGGACAAAGAUUCGUCCUUCAAACUUCUGGAUGCCUUUGUUGAAGCCGGCGGCAACUUCAUCGACACCGCCAACAACUACCAAAGCGAGCAAUCGGAAACCUGGCUGGGCGAAUGGAUGGCCUCCCGGAACAACCGCGACAGAAUGGUGAUCGCCACGAAGUUCACAACCGACUACAAGUCCCACGAAGUGGGCAAGGGCAAUUCCCCGAACUGCUGCGGCAACCAUAAGCGCUCGCUGAAAAUGAGUCUGCGGGAUUCCCUCCAGAAGCUUCAGACUGAUUGGAUCGAUAUCCUCUAUGUCCACUGGUGGGACUACACGACCUCUAUUGAGGAACUUAUGGACAGCCUGCAUACCGUGGUUGAGCAAGGAAAGGUGCUAUACCUGGGUAUCUCGGACACCCCAGCUUGGGUGGUAAGCGCGGCGAACACCUAUGCCCGUGCACACGGCAAGACUCCGUUUAGCGUUUACCAAGGCCGUUGGAACGUGAUGCUUCGCGAUUUUGAAAGAGAUAUUAUCCCCAUGGCCCUGCAUUUCGGCAUGGCCCUUGCACCCUGGGACGUGUUAGGCAGUGGCAAGUUCCAAACUGCAAAGGCCCUGGAGGAGCGCCGGAAGAAGGGCGAAGGACUGCGUGCUAUGCUGGGCGCCGGCGAGCAAUCACCGGAUGAGGCCAGGAUAAGCGAAGCUUUAGCUAAGGUGGCCGCUGAGCAUGGAAUUGAGUCGGUGACGGCUAUCGCCUUGGCAUAUGUCCUUCAGAAGGUCCCCAACGUGUUCCCUAUCGUCGGAGGACGCAAAGUGGAACAUCUUCAAGAUAACAUCCAGUCGCUUAAAAUCAAGUUGACGACGGAGCAAGUGGAGUAUCUGGAAAGUGUUCGGCCUUUGGACGUGGGUUUCCCGCACAACAUGGUGGGCACAGAUCCUAAGUUGAGCGGAGUUAUAAGUCCCUGGGUUGGUUUUGGUAGCAAAGUAGCUGUGCCACCGCCGGUCAAGGGGUUUACACCUCAGUGA